AUGACUGGCAAAACACAGACUAGCAAUGUUACCAAUAAGAAUGAUCCCAGAUCUAUCAACUCCAGAGUCUUCAUUGGCAAUCUCAACACUGCCAUUGUGAAAAAAGCAGAUAUAGAAGCAAUUUUUGCAAAAUAUGGAAAGAUAGUUGGCUGUUCUGUGCACAAAGGAUAUGCAUUUGUACAAUACAUGAAUGAAAGGAAUGCACGUGCAGCAGUGGCAGGGGAAAAUUCCAGAAUAGUUGCCGGACAAUCUCUUGAUAUCAAUAUGGCUGGUGAACCUAAGCCUUACAGGCCCAAAUCUGGAACCAAGAGGCCUCUGUGUGCCCUUUAUGGCAGCGGUUAUGACUUUGACUACGAUUAUUACAGAGAUGAUUUCUACAGUCGGAUGUUUGAUUACCAUGGCCGUGUUCCACCACCACCUCGUGCUGUUAUACCAAUAAAACGUCCACGUGUCACUAUACCUGUCACACGCAGAGGAAAAGGUGGUUUCCCCAUGAAAGGAGGUCCACGGUCCACAAUAACAGGCACAGCUUCCACAGGACCCAAAUUGAAAUCAGAUGAGCUGCAGACAAUCAAGAAAGAACUGACCCAAAUCAAAAACAAAAUUGACUUCUUACUGGGAAGACUGGAGAAGAUUGAGAAACAACAAAAGGCAGAUGCCGAGUCACAGAAGAAGCAGCUUGAAGAAAAUUCAGAGUCUGCACAUGAGGAAUCCAUAUCAGAAAAUGCAGAAACUUCCACAGAGGAACAAGUGGAAGGGGGCCCUGAUGUUGAUGGAGAUGGAGAAGAGAUGACUGAUGGAGUAGAGGAAGAUUACGACGAGGAUGGCAGCAAUGAGAUGAAUGAGAAUCAUGUAUCAGACAUGGAGGAUACACAGUAAUUGACACACAUAGAAAGUUCAAACAAACUAAAGGUGUCAUGGUGGUCAAUGACAAUGGACUGGCUGGUACCUGGAACUAAGUAUUACCUUGAGCAACAAUAGAAGAAAAGAUGUACAAUAUAUUAAGACUGAUAGUCAAUCUUAUGUGGG